CCCGGGCCGGCCCCCAACCCGGCCACGGGGACCGGAAGCAGCUUCCAAUCCGGCGCUUCCCCGGCGUCUUCCGGAUAACGCGGGGUCGCUCUUCUCGGUCGGGAGGUCUCGACCCUAGAGUCUGUCCCGGCCCAAUAUCAUCCGGUCUGCUGCUCCUUCUCUGCCCUGGGACCCCGGCCUCCGGCCUCUUGACCAAGCAGCACCGUGGUCCAAAUGUCUGCAAAGCUGAGCAAGGCAUCACUCCUUCCACAAACUGCAGAGGAGUCUGACAGCAUUCUGAUAGUGAAGAUGGAAGAGGAAGAGCAGGCCUGUGAUCUGGACUCCAGCCUCCCCUGGAGCACCUCCUGCAGCCCAGAGACCUUCCGCCAGGGUUUCAGGCGGUUUAGCUGCUCUGAUUCCGCGGGGCCCCGGGAGGCCCUGAGCCGGCUCCGGGAGCUUUGCUAUCAGUGGCUGAGGCCGGAGGUGAACUCCAAGGAGCAGAUCCUGGAGCUGCUGGUGCUGGAGCAGUUUCUGAGCAUCCUGCCUGAGGAGCUGCAGAUUUGGGUUCAGCAACAUAGUCCAAAAAGCGGCGAGGAAGCUGUGACCCUGUUGGAGGAGCUGGAGAAAGAACUUGAUGAGCCAGCUGAGCAGGUCUGUUUUGGACAAAAUAAGGACAUGCCUGCAGAGAAGCUGACAGCCGGGAAAAUCACUCAGGAGCCCCCACGUACCCAGAUCAAGCCCGGAAAGCAGCCGCUGCCAUGGGUGUCCCCGGAGUUUCGCUCAAGGCAAAAAGCUAAAGACACGAAAACUAUAAAUGUGAAUUCAGCUUUGACACAAAAGACUUCUCCAGGCAUGGAGCUGCAUUACACCGUUUCUAACACCCUUCCUGUGGAUGCUUCCCAAAGUUGCACGUAUAGAAGAGGCAGUGAACAAGAUGGCAAGUUUGAAAGAAGACAGAGAAACCCUUUUGGCAAAAAACAACACAAGUGUGACGAAUGUGGCAAAGUCUUCAGUCAGAGCUCAGCCCUUAUCCUCCAUCAGAGAAUCCACAGUGGGGAGAAACCUUACGCAUGUGAUGUGUGCGCAAAGGCUUUCAGCCGGAGUGCCGUCCUGAUUCAGCAUCGAAGAACGCAUACUGGGGAAAAACCCUACAAGUGUCAUGAAUGUGGCAAAGCCUUUAGUCAGAGCUCGAAUCUUCUCAGACAUAGGAAAAGACACACGAAAGAAAAAGUCCCAUCAGUGUUGUAAGAGAAUCAAAGCAUUUGCUCAGAGCUUUUUCAGCAGGAAAAGACACAAAGCACAAAACACUCCUUUCGUAUUUCAGUGGGCACUAGGUUGCUUUGAAAAGUCAUAAAAGCUACAGGAGAGAAUGUAAAAUAUCUUCUGUCAACGUUGUUUGCGCUUCUGCUUAUCAAUACAGUGUCAAUUCAGAUGUUUGAGGUUUUUGUGAAAACUUAAUUUGGAUUUCCAUCCCUAGGGCAGCUCUUGAACAGACAUUCUCAAACGUGUUCUAUUUCCAUCACUAACACAAAUAAUGAACUAGUACAUUUCUUUUUAGACAAAUUUUCCCUGUUGAGAAGGAAUGUGUGAGCUACUCAGGAUAAAAAUAAGUAUUUUCCCCCAUUCCAUAACUUGGGCACUGGAGUUCCCAGACCAAAGACUAGAGCAUUUAAAAAAUUUUUACCAUUUGUUUUUUGUUACCAGACUCAAAAUAUGAGAAUAGGAUUGAGGAGGCCCAAAAGAAUGUGUACCUUCAGACCAAGGCUGAAAUGUCCAGAGUCAAUUGUUAGGGGGUAGAUGAGUAAAGGCAUUUAUUCUCUUAUGAAAAUUCACAAAAGCCUACACCAUUGAUGUUACUAAGUAGGCUUUUUUUUUUUUUAAGACUUAUUUAUUUUGAGAGAGAGAGAGUAUGUGAGUGGGGAAAGGGGCAGAGGGAGAGAGAAUCUCAAACUGACUCCCCUGCUGAGCGAGGAG